CAAGUUGGCGUGACAUCGCUGAACCCAACUACAAAAAUCACCGGACUCUUAAAUCUUAGUGCCCUAUAUCAUCUAUCUAUCGGCACCUUCCACCGCAUGAAUCAGCGCUUUGCGCCGGUCUCAGACGAUCUCAUCCCCUCGAGACUGUCGCUGCUUCUGAUGGAUGGAGUCAGCCAAUGAGGAGGCCGGUCUGCAGCGGCGCUCCCCCGCAUCCUCGUUGAGCGUCUCGGAUAACGAGGGCCUCGUGGCGGCGUCCAACAGUGCCGGUGCCAGCAGUAAUACUGGCACGGCCCUCUCGUCAUCCCCAGGGAGCUCACAUUCUGAUAAUGAUCAGAAUAAUGCGUCCAAGAAGGAGCGCCCCAUCUCUGGCGUAGUUCCUCCGUACUGGCGCCAUUAUCGGAAUGUCUCGCGAACUUCCCAGGCUUCGUUUGACGGGGCGGCCGCCAUCACGCUCGAGGACCACACCGAGGAUCCGGGGGCUGAGACAAGCCGCGGUCUAUGGGCGAAGAGCGUUACAAUCGACGAUCAUGUGGUAGUGCAAGGCAAAACAGGCGUGGGAGCAUAUGUCGUAUGGAAUUGCAAGAUUCAAACUCUAGAUGGUGGUCCAAUGGUAUUACGACUGAGAUACUCGGAGUUCGACGAUUUGCGCCAGAAAUUACUGCAGGCUUUCCCCAAUUCGAAAAAUGCAUUGCCGCCCCUCCCUCCAAAGAGCAUGCUAUUCAAGUUUCGACCUUCGUUUCUGGAGAAAAGGAGGGAGAGACUAGAAUAUUUCUUUAAUUGCGUGCUCCUGAACCCCGAGUUCUCUGGAUCUCCCGUGCUGAAAGACUUCAUCUUUGCUCACAUCGGCUAGCGCAAAUUGUUCAUUGACAAAACUACGAUGCGGAGACGGUCUUUGGACGACUGGAAAGUGUCUACUCAAUCGCCACUAGGGUUAUUUACGACGACAGAUUAUUCUUCCUUUGGGUAGUUAGUAUGGGUUGCUUAUGAAUAACGAUAUCUCUAAUUAUAUUUCAACAUCUAGUGCUAUAUAUUGCUACUUUUGACAACUCACCUAUACC